UAUCGUGAUCUGUGCUCAGAAAAAAAAACGCAGCAGGGAAAAAAGUGAAGAUAAAUUAAUUAGCAAUUAGCAAUUAGCCAGUGUGUAAAUAUUGCGAGCGUGUAAAACAGCCGCCGCCAGACUAGAACCAGCUGAGUUGAUAGCUCCCAUUGUCCCAAACCGUGCCAGCGUUCCGCGUGGACGUACGUGAAACCAAAAUAAACAAGUGAGGAAGGAGCAGGGCAAAGCGGAGGAAGAGAGACGAGACAACGGAGCAGAAACAAAAGCACAAAGCGGCGGACAGAACCAGUUGAAAAAAAACAACAAACCGGAGCGGACGAGCACACGAGCAAUCUCUCGCCAAGUCGAAAUUUAUUUUUGUGUUUAGUGCGCCCCUGUGUGUAUGUGUGUGUGUGUGUGCGCGAAUAUAUAUAUAAUAUUUAAACAAAAAUCAUACGCCAGACAAGAAGAUCUCGCAGCGGCAGACAGAUAAAUAAAAACCGAAUUUGAAUCCCCCCAAAAACAAAAAGAAGACGACAACAGAAAACCACAAUCGAGGGACAAAAACAACGCCGACGACGGAGACGGAGACGGUGACGCGGCAGGCAAAGGUGCUGGAGGUCACUCGCGGCACAUUUCGCGCACGGUCGUCUGUCCCCCCGCUGUCCAUGUCCCCCCUGCCCCGACUUGACACCACCCCCGGACGCGUAACCAGUUCGAGUUCCAUCCGCCCGCAACAGAGCACGCGCGAUCUUCACACACAAAAAAAAAAAAAUACAAAUAAUUAAGAAAAAAAGCGAGGAGAACGUAAAAAACAAUAGCGAAGCUCACGCGCUUCUCUUUUAUUAUUAUUGUGUGCGCUCUCGACUGAUAAACGUCAGUUGAUAAAUACAUUUUGUCGUCGCAUCCAGCAGCAGGAAUAAGCAGAGACAGAGACAGCGACGACGACGACGACGGGGAGUAAAGGGGAACAAACACCAGCAAACAAACACCAAUUAUUCCAAUAAAGCCAGCGCCAAGUGCGAAUGCGCCCUCGAUUUGUAUGCCAUCAGCAGCAGCAGCAGCACUCGGCGGCAGCGGCGGCGGCUACCCAUUCCCACUUCCACAUCCAUUCCCAUUCCAAUACCCAUACCCAUUCCCAUAACCACGUCCAGCCUGAGCCGCGUCCACAUUCCCACAUUGACGUCAGCUAUCGACGUUAUCGCAACGCUACCAGCAUGGUGGUGGCAGAGACGGGCGGCGGCGGCCUGGUCGGCAUGGGAAUGGGAGUCAUGGACACCUCCGCCGGAUCGGGACACUUCAAUGAGACACCGCUCUCCGAGCUGAGCAUGGAGACACGCACCCAACUGUCGCGCAUGCUCAACCGCAAGAAGGUCCUGCGUUCGGAGGAGGGCUAUCAGCGGGAUUGGCGUGGAAUUUCGGAGCUGGCCAAGCAAAAGGGUUUCGUGGAUGAGAAUGCCAAUAAUCCCAUGGAUCUGGUACUUAUCAGCUGGAGCCAAAGGAGUCCGCAAACCGCGAAGGUCGGACACCUGGAGAACUUCCUCGGCAUCAUCGAUCGAUGGGAUGUCUGCGAUGAUAUCCAGGAGAAUUUGGCCAAGGACACCAGUCGCUAUAAUGUCAAGCGGGAGCAGCGACAGGCAGCUUUGGUGGAGGCCUGUCCUCCGCCUCCCAGUGACUGCUUCGAGGCCAACAACAACAAUAGCAACUACAGCAGCAGCAACAACAUCACCGUGGGCCAGAGUGUCCAAAUCCUGAGCGAUGAGGAUCAGCGAUGUGUCCAGAUGGGUCAACCGUUGCCCCGAUAUAAUGCCUGCGUUUUGUACGCCGAAGCGGAUAUCGAUCAUGCCACCGAGAUCAUGAAUAAUCUGGAAUCGGAGAGGUACAAUCUCAGGCUCUUCCUGCGUCACCGCGACAUGCUCAUGGGCGUUCCCUUCGAGCACGUGCAGCUCUCCCACUUCAUGGCCACCCGCUGUAAUCACCUGAUUGUGGUGCUCACCGAGGAGUUUCUCCGGAGUCCAGAGAACACAUACCUCGUGAACUUCACCCAGAAGAUACAAAUUGAGAAUCACACUCGCAAGAUCAUACCAAUUCUGUACAAGACAGACAUGCAUAUACCCCAAACUCUGGGCAUCUAUACGCACAUCAAAUACGCCGGCGACUCCAAGUUGUUUAACUUCUGGGACAAGCUGGCCAGAUCGCUGCACGACCUGGAUGCCUUCUCCAUCUACGCGCCGCGGCAAGUGCAAACACCCUCUCCCAUGGAGGAAUCGGCACCUCAGCGUGUGACCACACCGAGCAUACGGAUACAGAUCAACGACAAGGACGUCACCGAUAUGCCCAGCUACAAUAAUAGCUACAACAGUGUACCGGAAGCGGCAGAGACCACAGUAGUUUCGGUAUCUGGCGACACCAGCUUGCCGCUGCCGGAGAUGAAGCCCAAGAAGAAGGAUCGGUUUCUGCGCAAGUUCACCCAUAGCUUUGGCAAAACACCAAAAAGCGAUAGUGGCAAGCCUUUGCGGCACGCUCACUCCGUCAGCACCAUCAAUGUGACGGAACGGGAGAGGACACUGAGUGCGAGUAGCUCCAAUAUCUCCACGACAUCGGAGAGCAAGAAGAGCUCCAUCAAAUGGCAGCCGAAUAUACUGAAGAAGGUUCUAUUCUCGCGAUCCAGCAGCAAGCUGCAGACGCCAGGCUGAGGAGGAGACCCCCUUGAGUCCCUCUUUUCUGCUCGUGUGUGUGCCCAGUCUAGUUACCACCCUCCAUGCUUAGUGAUAAUCCGUAGCCUGUAAACCUAAUCAAAGUCAAAUAACUAACUUAAUACUACUUAGACGCACUUGUUAACUUAUAUAAGACAACAACGAAUAAAGACAAUACCACAUAUGUACGUACACAUA